AUGUCCAUCCGCAAGGCGCUGGGCGCGGUGAAGGACCAGGCGACGAUCGGCAUCGCGCGGGUGACGGGCGCGGUGGCGCCGGACCUCGACGUGGCCAUCGUGCGGGCCACCUCCCACGACGACGCGCCCCCGGACGAGCGCCACGCGCGGGAGGUCCUCCGCCUCGCGUCCGCCACGGGCGCCGCGCCCGCCUGCGUCGCCUCCAUCGCCCGCCGCCUCUCCAAGACCCGCGACUACGUCGUCGCCGCCAAGUGCCUCGCGCUCCUGCACCGCCUCGCCGCCGCCGACCCCACCGAGGGCGCCGAGGGCGUCGGCGCGCCGUCGUUCCUCCACGAGCUGCUCCGCCCGACCCUCACCGGCCGCCGCGCGGGGGAACCGGUCCUCGCGCUGCUCCUCGACUUCCGCGACGAGGCGCACACGGCGUCGUGGGACCACUCCACGUUCGUCCGCGCCUACUCCACCUACCUCCUCGACCGCGUCCGCUUCCUCGUCCUGCUCCUCCCCACGCCGCCGCGCUUCCCCGCCGACUCCCGCGUCGCCGGACCACCGCAAGCGUCCGCGGCCGACAUGGACACGGAGGCGAUCCUGGGCCGCGCGCGCCACCUGCGGCACCUGCUGGACCGCGUCCUGGCAUGCCGCCCCGCGGGCGGCGCCGGGGCCAGCCGCGUCGUGCGCGCCGCGCUCCACCCACUGCUCAGGGACAGCUUCAGAGUCUACGAGGACGUCGCGCUCGUCCUCGCGCUCCUCCUCGAUCGCUUCUUCGACAUGGACUACCCCGAGUGCGUCAUGGCCUUCGAGACCUACGUCGGCACCGCCAAGCAGAUCGACGCGCUCCGCGCCUUCUACGCCUGGUGCGACGACGCCGGCGUCGCGCGCUCGUCCGACUUCCCCGACGUCAGGCGCGUCGACGACAAGCUCCUCGAGACGAUGGAGCAGUUCCUGAGGGAGCGCGGCCGUGCUGGACGCGCCUCGCCGCCACGAUCGGCGCGCGAGUCUGCUGUCAACGCGGAAGGCGACGACGACGACCACGUCGACGACAUGAACGGCAUCAAGGCGCUCCCGGCGCCGCCAACGCUUUCCAGCGCCGCUGAGCGCGCCCUUCCGGUGGUGGUGCCGGCGAAGGAGGCCGAUCAGAGCGUUCUGGUGGACCUGCGAGAACCGGCUGCCACCGCGGACGAGCAGGGCAACAAGCUGGCGCUCGCGCUCUUCUCCGCCCCACCGGCCACGAACAGCACCUGGGUCACGUUCCCAUCGGAAUCGGACGCCGCCGCAGAGCCAGCGGUGACCUCGGCGUGGCAGACGCCUGCGGCGGAGCCCGGGAAGGCGGACUGGGAGCUGGCGCUGGUGGAGACGGCGAGCAACCUCUCGAAGCAGGCAGCGUCGCUGGGGGGAGGGAUGGACACGCUGCUGCUGGGCGGGAUGUACGACCAGGGUGCCGUGCGGCAGCAGGUGGCCGCGCAAGCCGUGUCCGGGAGCGCGAGCAGCGUGGCGCUGCUGCCCGGGCACGGCGCGGCGGCUCCGGUGCUGAGGCUCCCGGCCCCCGACGGCACGGUGCAGACUGUGGGCGGUGACCCGUUCGCGGCGUCGCUGGCGGUGCCGCCGCCGUCGUACGUGCAGAUGGCGGAGAUGGAGCGGAAGCAGCAGCUGCUGGUGCAGGAGCAGCAGAUGUGGGCGCAGUACAGGCAGGGCGGCAUGCAGGGGCAGCCCGCCAGGUUCAACGCCGGCAUGGCCGUCGUGCCCUAUGGUGGCUAUGGGAUGCCGCCCAUGGCGUACAACCAGCAAGUCGGUGGGUACUAUUAG